UACACAUAAAGCAAUUGAGCCAUCCUUUACAUUCUUUCACUUCUACAUAAAAUUUGCUCAAGCAAUAAGCGUUAAAAUGGCAAAUUAUUACGAAAUUUUAGCCCUUGAUGUCAAUGCAACGGAAGAGGAUAUUCGUAAAGCUUAUAGACGUCAAGCUUUGAUAUGGCAUCCCGAUAAGAAUGUACAAAAUCGUGAAGAGGCUGAAGCCAAAUUUAAACAGAUCGCGGAGGCCUAUGAAAUAUUAAGCGACGCUGAAAAAAGGAGAAUAUACGACCAGUACGGCGAAGAAGGCCUCAAAAAUGGCGGUCCCACUUAUGAACACCGUCCAUUCCACUUUCACGAUCCUCAAGAAAUAUUCCGUCAGUUCUUUUCUUCGUUCCCAAAUAAUGAUGUGUUCGGUGACCCUAUAUUCGGUAGUAUGUUUAAUAAUUUCCCCCCUCAUCAUUUUUCAUCAACGUCGAGCUUUAAUAGCGGUCCACAAUUUCGAUCACCAUUUGAUCCAUUUGGUUUUGGUGGAUUGGGAGGUUUUCCAUCUUCUUCAUAUUCGAUGUCAACCAAUUCGUUUUCUAGCGGAUCCGGUAAUGGCGGGUUCAUUAAAAAAUCCACCUCUACACAAAUAAUUAAUGGGGUUAGAACAACUGUUACAAGAAUUGAGGAUGCAGAGGGUAAUGUUACUGAAACCACUGAAACAUCUGACGGCAGUAGUCAGUUUUCGACAUACAAUAAUAGAAUUCAAAAUAGUAGUUCGAGGUCCAUAAAUUUACCGAUUCAGGAUGGAGGCCUAUCCUAUUCUAUGAAUAGACAACAACAGUAUCAGCAGCAGUCAGAACCGUAUACGUAUCAGCAAGAACAUCAAAGCCGAACAUCUUCAGGCCGAGACUCGGUGGAUGCUGGUCACACAGAUGACCAUGUUAAGGACCACCGUAAACACGGAAUAUUCCAUGAUAUCUUUCACC